AGUAAACGCGCUAGGUUGACGUAGUCUUGUCCUCGUCUGGGUAACUCGUCCCUAUAGAUUUCAGUUUUAAGUCCGAAUCCCACCCAAUUCCCAUCGCCGGCGACCCGAAUCCGGGCCUCCGAGGCCCGAUGUCGUAUUCGGCGGCCUCGAACGUAUUGCUGGCGGUGAACGAGAAGAAGACGAUUGCCGUCGAUCUCUACCGUCCUCUCCGCAACUACAUCGCCUCCACCUUCUCCGAGCGCGACGCCCAGGACGCCGAAGACGACCUCCAAACCGUUCGUAAGCUCCGCCUCGACCUAGAGGCUGGAUUCUCUACUUCGCUGGAGCUCCGCCGCGACCUCCUAAUUUCGUACUUGCGCGCCCUCGCCUCCAUCGAGCCUCGCUUUCCCAUCUCCCCCGAUCGAUCCCACGUCUCUUCCCUCACCUUCACCUGGUUCGACGCCUUCCGGCCUAAUAAGAAGGCCGCGCUGCCCUCCAUCCAUCUCGAGAAGGCCGCUGUUCUCUUCAAUCUUGGCGCCGUCUACAGCCAAAUCGCCGUCGCUGCCGAUCGGACAUCAGCUUCUGGGCUUAAGCAGGCUUGCAACGCGCUCCAGAGCGCUGCGGGAGCAUUUUCGUUUUUGAAGGAUCGUGUCGCGGCGAAGGCGGUGGCCGCUGGAGGGACCAUCGAUCUGUCAGUGGAGUGCACAGUAAUGCUGGAGAAGCUGAUGCUGGCGCAGGCUCAGGAGUGUUUCUUUCAGAAGGUUAUCGGCGACGCAAAGCCUCCUGGGCUUUGCUCUAAGGUCGCUAGGCAGGUUGGAAUCUACUAUGAAGAAGCUUAUGCAGCUCUAAAUGCUUCUCUACUCAAUCAACACUUUGAUCGCACAUGGAUGUCUCAUGUGCAACUGAAGGCUGCCCAAUUUUAUUCUGAGGCUUGCUACCAAUACUCAUUAGAACUUCACGAGAAGGAAGAGAUUGCAGAGGAAAUAGCUAGGCUCAAGAUUGGUAUUAGUGCCCUCACUGACGCAAAGAAAUCUGCCAAGGGUGUUGCUUCUCCUUCACUUGACGCUGUUAAGAAACUAGAUACAAAUAUGAAUAAUAAUCUAGAGAGGGCUGUGAAGGAGAAUGAUCGGGUCUAUCUCAUGCGAAUCCCAGCAGCUAGUUCUUUGUCAGCUCUUCCUACAGCUUCUCUUGUGAAGCCCACUUCUUUGGGAGAAGUUUUAGAUGCUAGUGAGGAGAAGUUUUUCUCAAAACUUGUUCCUGACAGCCACACAAAGGCUUUUUCCAAGUACACUGAUAUGGCUGACAACAUCAUCCGAAUACAACUAGAGAAGCUACAGCAAGGAAGUGAGAUAACUAGGGUUAAGCUCAAGGAGUUGGACCUUCCAGAUUCUAUACUGUCAUUGGAAGGUAAUAUUGGGCUGCCUUUUGAUCUUAAAGAGGAUGUUGAGGUAGUACAAAUCAGCGGUGGACCUUCUGGGCUUGAAACUGAGAUACAACAGCUCAAAGACUUAAGGAGGAUUAAUCAGGAGCUGCUGGCUCAGUCAGAAGAGCUACUACAAAAGGAAGCAGACACAGAUGCACAGUUCAGGUCUCAGUUUGGAACAAGGUGGACUAGACCAGAGUCAAACACGUUAACAAAGAACAUACAAGACAAAUUACACAGGUUUACUGUAAAUCUUAAGCAAGCAGCUGAUACUGAUGCAAGAGUCGAACGGGAAGUAAGAGAUGCUGUAGAGUUCCUGGCAAUUCUUGAUCAUAGACCAAUUGAGUCCACCCUUCCAAGUCUUGCGAGACCUAUCAUCUCUUUAGAUGGAAAUGAAGAUUCUAUAGUUGGUGCCCUCAAACAGAGCUUGAGGCAAUUAGAGAAUUUAGGAGCACAAAGGGCAGGCCUUGAAGAUAUGCUAAAAGAGAUGAAGAUGAAGGAUAAUAUACUGCCAAAACUGAUGGCAAGUACUGUAUCACAAGAGGAUCUGUUCAAGAAAGAGAUUUCUAAGUAUGACCAAAUAUGUGAAGAAAUUUCCCAAAAUAUUAAUGCACAGGAGCAGUUACUCCUUCAAAUUCAGUCAGAAAAUGAUCAAUUUGCUGCCAUGUUCAAUCUGGAAGAUUAUAAAGUUGCUCGGAAUAAGAGUUAUAAGCAGAUAGCUGCUGCUGUGGCAAAAUAUCGUGAAAUCAAGGAGAACAUCAAUGAAGGGAUGAAGUUUUAUGUUACUCUACAGGAUGCACUUAUGAACGUAAAGCAGCAAUGCAGCGAUUUCUACAUGACAAGGAAUACUCAGUGCAGAGAGACGAUCGAGCAAGUACAGAGGCAGAUAGCAGGACUAAAUUUUGCAUCAGAAGGGGAAACAAGCUACAAUUUCCCCUCCCGGCAAUCCAACAGUCCAAGUCCCCAACCACCUGAACCACAGAGAACUCCACUUCUUUCUCAUCCUACACCUAAUCCACAAACACCUAUGGAACAGCCAGAGCAUGGAUAUUUUGAUCGUUUUGCAGCACAACCCAAUCAUCAGAUCGCAUCGCCUUCGCUGGCUCCGCCACUUUACAACUACAUAGCUGAGCAACCAAGACCUGGAUAUUCUCAUCCUUACCCUGCCUAUGCAACACCUCAGCCGCCUCCUUACUAUGCCUCAGGCAGCAAGUAUCAACAUCCUCAACAGGUCCCGAGCCAUGAAUAUAGGCAACCAGCUUAUCCAGGUUGGCAUGGACCAUACCAUAAUGCAUAUCAACAGCAACCAGGUGGUCCAGGCUCUUAUCCUGCCCCACCAUAUUCUGUGCCAGCUCCUUAUCCCCCUCAGCAAGGGAGCCACCAUAGACCAUGAAGGAAUGUAUCCUCUAGACCUGGCUUGGCUUUUAAAUUUGCAAGAGUUUAUAUGUUUGAUUGCGCUAUAAAUUUAUUGCAUGGCAUGUUCAUGUGGUUCUUUAUUCCUCCCAGAAUAAUUAUCCAGCAUGUAGAAAUAAAUAUGGUAGUGUACUAAUAUGCCCUGUAUAUUUAAGGUCAUGAAGUUCAA